AUGCCCAAGAUCCUCUCGCGACAGCCGCGCUGGCUGGAUCACUCGACUGCCAGCCGCGACUUCUUCCUGGUGAACGGCAAAGACAAAUUGACCACGGAAGAGACAACGAGGGACGCACCCUACCGCAGAAUCGCCCAAAGAGGAACAGAAGUCUUUGCAGUGGUGGGAAAUGAGCUUCGCUGGACCGACCUGGGCAUAUUGAAGGAGGCAGGGGAGGAGAAUGGAGGUCGAUAUGGCAGGCCCGGAGAGCCAAACAAACAGCCCGUGUACCAGGUUGGUCAAGACGAGAUAUCAAAGGAGGACGAGGGACUGAUUCGGUUGGUUUAGGUCCUCAAAACACCAGCAGCGCGGCCGAUCUUGCAGCUCUCGGUAUCCCCAUCGGGGGACUUCAUUGCCGUCCUCACCUCGCAUACAUGCCAUGUGUGUCUUCUCCCUCCGCGCGAACAUCUGAACUUCUAUGACUCCCAGCCUGUUAAGCUACGGUCUUUCCACGUUGGUCCAACUGCGCAUGUACUGGAACAAUCUCCUCUCGUCAGUGCUGUCUGGCACCCGCUCUCGCCUGCCGGCAACGCACUGGUCACGGUCACGAAAGAUGCCUGUGUGCGGCUAUGGGAGCUCGAUCACAACAACAGGAGCACAUUCAACGAGCCGGCAUUGGCCGUGGAUCUCAAGAAGCUGAAGAAUGCAACGAGCGCACGCGAAGACUUGGGCGCGAGUAGAUACGGCACGAGUAAUGGCUUCUCUCCGGACCAAGUCGAAAUGCAAGUCGCAUCCAGUUGCUUCGGCGGACAGGGAAGGGAAGACGAAGAUGGGUGGUCGAGCAUGACACUUUGGGUCGCCAUGACGGAGGGCAACGUAUAUGCACUCUGCCCGUUCUUGCCUUCCCAAUUCUGGACACCAGCAACACUGCUACCUAGCUUGAGCACCAGUGUCGUUUCAAAGAAGCGCGUCAUUGAGCAGGAUCGAGAAGUCACGGAGCUUGAGAAGCUCGUAAUCAAUCAACAGAGUGCCUGGCUGACCGACUUGGACGAGCAAGAUGCAACUAUCAUUGAGGGAGCCACGGUCAUGGAGGUGUACUCACGGCCCAGUAAUCUCAGCCCUAUUCCAAGGCUCCAAGGGCCCUUCGAAGUGACACCCGAGCCUGAAUUUGGCGGCAUCACCGAUAUUCACGUCAUUGCACCCAAGACGAACGACGAAUCUCUAUUCGAUGACCAGGAAGAUCUCGACUGGCUUGGUACAGAAGAUGGCCUGAGCAUUGGCGUCAUCUGUCUUGCAACAGACACGAGCAAGGUCCAUGUGUGCCUCAAUGUCGAGGGAGUGGAAGCAGAGUGGCUUCCAAAACGUUCCCGUGCCCAGAACUUGUACGAGAUGGAUGCUGUGAAAGACCUGCUACUUUUCGAAACGCUCGACUUCCCUCGUGGAGAUCAGACAACCAGCGACGCAUGGCCUACAUUCACGCCAAGCCCGACAGACCGGUACCAGCUCUUCUCUGGCCAGCCUACUGGAGUGUACAGCAUGUCGUUCAGGCCGUGGAUCAGCGGUCUUGAGAGUGAACUUGCAGACCCUGGAGCAGCUCAAGAAGGAGUUGGUUUUCGUCUGAACAUACUGCUGGAGUCUGCGAGGACAGACGUUGAGACCAUGACAUCCGAUUUCGAUCGAGCAUAUCCGGAUAUGAGCGCUGCCAUCGCUGUUCUCGGCGAGGCUGACGUCGGUUACGUUCUGUUGACCUCCGCUCCGGAGCAGCCCUUCGCGGUUGUACUAGAAGUGCCAUCCGCGACCUCUCACCCCUUCGCGCCGGACAGUGUCGCACCUGAGUCUGUCUUCUCUCCCGAAUCCAGGGCUGCGUAUCGACCGGCGGACGUCCUCUUCCAGGAGACGGCACUGCCUGCUCAGCUCGAAGCAUGGCGACGCGAGAGCGCCACUGGCGCAAGUGGAGACGUUCGAGGGCAGAUUCGCUUUUCGCCAUACACCCUGCAGAAGAUCACCGAAGCCCAUCGUCUCCUCAGCAGCGAAACGCACAAUUUGGGGAUUGCUGCAGCCGAUCUAUUCCGACGGUGUGAGCGAAUGGUCAGCGAGAUGAAGGCGCAAGUGGAGAAGGUGAAGGAGCUCUCCAACCGCAUCGACAGUGUCACGGGGGAGAAUGAAUUCCCAGAGCAGGCGGAAGGCUCGCCGGAGCUUGUGCGAGGAGGCCGGGGCAAGAUCCAGAAUCGCAUCCAAGCUCGGCAGGACAAGACGGUUCAACUCCGAGAGCGCGUUGAAGGUCUCCGCAAGAAGAUGCGACAGCUCGGCGGAAGAGAACUGUCGGCCAAGGAGAGGGCGUUCGCCGAGGAAGUGGACAGACUGGAACAGAGCAUCCCGCCUGCGAGAGCUGCAGCACCCACGAGUCCGACUGCGAUUGUCAAGAUGGAAAACAGCGAAAUCACGACGACAACGGAAUCGCAAUCGGAUGCGGGAGGGGAUCCGGCGUAUUCCCUGGCUGCGCGGUUCCGAGCUGCUCAGGAGGUGUAUGCACGACUGAUGCAGCAAGCGGACGAUGCGCAGAAGCAGCUCCAACAAGCACAGGGAGGUGCGCAGGAGGAGAGCGCUUCGAGACCGACGACGGCCGGCGGCUCGCACGCCGCCGCCGCCGACUAUCGACAGCAAAAGCUCGCGUAUGUGUUUGAUCUGUUGGAGCGAGAGACGGCGCUGGUGGACGCCGUCGGUGAGAGGCUGGAGAAGUUGCAGGUCGCUGCGAGAUGA